CGUUCCCAUUAAUACGACUUCAAGUGCAUCUUACUCUUACAUUGAUCAAAAUACCCAUAAUCACAUUAUAAUGCAAACAACCUGUCCUAUUCUCAAUGACGGAUCAACUGCUAUAAGCUGGAUUUAUACCCUCUUUGGUGAUUGUGUAUACGGCUGGCACGAUUCUUUGAGUUUGCUGUUAGGCUACUUGUCUAUUUUCUGUUGGUUAAAUGCUCAAAUGCCUCAAGUGAUAAAGAAUUACAGAAUUCGCGAUGCUGAAGGAUUAAGCUUCGAGUUUCUCACAGUCUGGCUCGUGGGUGAUGUUGCUAACUUCAUCGGCUGUAUUAUCACAGGCCAACUGUUAUUCCAAACUAUCUUAUCCGUUUAUUUUAUCAUCAUCGAUACGGUAUUAUGCUUACAAUGGUUGUACUAUGUCAAAUACGCUGAUAACCGUCUUCGACGCUGGAUCGACGGAGACGAUGGCAUCAAGCGCACAAAUACAAAGGAUGCCACUCGCCAACUAGAGCAGCAGCAUGAAAGAGCAGACUCUACAAAUAUCACAGCUGCUGGCACCAAUCCCAAGCUUAUGAACGAGCAAUCUUCCUUGCUAGCUUCAUCCCCUCAGCAUAAGAAGUAUGCCACGAUGAUGCUUGUGUUUUGUUUCUACUCUACUUUCGCACUAUCUUCACCUACAUCCAACCUCAUUGCUGAUAACAACAAUACCAUCUGGGUUGGUCGAUUCUUCGCUUGGUUAUGCACCUUUCUUUAUCUUUCUUCUCGAUUACCGCAAAUCUAUCGUAAUUUCCGUCGUCGAUCGGUCGAAGGAUUAUCCAUGGCGCUUUUUUUCUUUGCUGCUAUGGGUAAUUUGACCUAUGUUCUUAGUAUAUUUACCAACCCUCACGCUACACGUGCUACUUUGCUGGAAGCGGUUCCUUAUAUUAUUGGAAGUGCGGGUACCCUGAUGUUUGAUUUCACCAUCUUUACUCAGUAUGCACUGUACAGCAGGAAAGUGCAGACAACCGACAGACUACUUCAAGUAUAG